AUGGCCUUAGUCACUACCGCUGAAGUGUGUGAUGCGAACCCACAGUUAAUUUUGAGUGGGGAGCUUCGUGCCCUUCAGCCAAAUUUUCAGAUUUAUGGUCGUCGACAGGUCUUCUCUGGACCUAUAGUCACCUUAAAGGUGUUUGAAGACAAUGUUUUGGUUCGUGAGUUCCUUGAAGAAAAAGGCAACGGAAGAGUGCUUGUUGUUGAUGGAGGAGCGAGUUUACGCUGUGCCAUCUUGGGUGGCAACCCUGUGGUACAAGCUCAAAACAAUGGAUGGGCCGGUAUUAUUGUCAAUGGAUGUAUAAGAGAUGUGGAUGAGAUCAAUGGUUGUGAUAUAGGGGUGAGAGCCCUAGCUUCCCAUCCCAUGAAAGCCAAUAAGAAAGGCAUGGGAGAAAAGCAUGUUCCCAUAAAUAUUGCUGGGACAAGGAUCUGUGAUGGCGAAUGGCUCUAUGCAGACACUGAUGGAAUUCUGAUCUCUCGAACCGAGCUGUCUGUUUGA